CUAUGGUUCUAAAUUUUGGCAAACUUCUCGUUGCGGUGGCAUUCUCCAGCUUGCCCUUGGCUGGGGAUGACAUCGCGUCGGAGGAGAAGCUCUUGGACUUGUACUGCGACUUCCCGAUCAUCGCUCUCGGUUCCUCCAUGCCGCACCGCCCGGACACCGACCCCAGAAUCUCGAACUACGUGCAGCUCCUCCUCCGCGAGAUUGCGGCGACCAGAGCCUGGUCCGACGACUGCUCGCCCCUCGAGACCGUGUUCUUCGGCGGUGGCACGCCGUCGCUAGUCCCUCCGGGCUUCGUCUCGUCCAUCCUCGACGCGCUGAAGUCGAGAUUUGGCAUGUGCGAUAGCCCGGAGGUGUCGAUUGAAAUGGACCCUGGAACGUUUGAUAAGGAAAAGAUGGAACGGCUGCUUGAGCUGGGAGUGAACCGGGUGUCGCUCGGUGUUCAGGCGUUCCAGGAGGAGCUGCUGAGGGCUUGCGGGAGAGCCUACGGCUUGAAGGAUGUCUAUGAAGCCAUUGAGAUUGUCGCCGACUGCAGUGAGCUGCAGAAUUGGGCAUGGACCUCAUCUCGUCCUUGCCCCAUCAGUCCCAAGAAAUGUGGGAAGAGAGCUUGCGCUGUGCCAUCAGUGCUCGUCCUACGCAUGUCUCCGUUUACGACCUGCAGGUUGAGCAAGGCACCAAGUUUGGUCAUUUGUAAGCAAAUCCUCCUUUAACCUAUCAGUACAUUCAUGAAUACCCUUAUGCUGCUGUAUUCUACUGA